UCUUUCCUUCAAAUCAAAACGUCUAUCGACUCCCGUCACUUUUUGCUCCCUUAUCAACCUAGGAAUCAUAGUUCAGCAUGGCUAAAAUUGUGCUCUUCCUAUGUAUGUUGUCGUUUGGGUUUUGUGCUGCAAAAAUCGUGAAAUUCAGUGUUUGUGAGAGUGAAAAACUGAAAGGAAAACUUUCUGAGCUGGAGAUUAUUCCAUGUGAAGCAGAACCUUGUGGACUGAAGCGUGGGACGGAUGUGAGCAUGAAGGCUCACUUUACACCUUAUGAAGACGUAAAGGACGCAAGAUCAGUAGUUCAUGCAAAGAUUCGUGGCUUUAUGGUCCCCUUUCCACUUCCCAACCCAGAAGCAUGCCAUGACAGUGGCYUGACUUGUCCUUUGAAAGCUAAUGGAACCUAUGUAUUAAAUGCUGUAUUGCCCGUUAAGCCUAAAUAUCCAAAAGUUGCAGCUCCAGUUACCUUCGAAUUAAAAGAUUCAAAGGGAAAUGACAUUUUUUGCUUUGUAAUUUCUAUUCACAUUGAAUAAUGCAGAAAUCUCUUAACUCUGCAGAACAUGUUUCAAUCGUGUUUAGCAUAAAACUUGCUCGUCUGAGAAGUWUUUAGUUUUGACAAUGAGACAAAAUAUUUUAUGCAUAUCGAAUUGUAAUUGUUUUUUAUAGGUCCGUGACAGCGUUGCGUGACACAAUUCAAUAUUUUUAAAUACAUCGAGAACCAAAAAGUU